AUGAAACGACCGGCAAGCAAUGCCGCUGCUGUCUUCGAGGGCAGUGCGUACAGCAAGUUUGUGAAAUCGUAUGCGACUCGGGAAGAUGCAUUCCAAGAGCUAGGAGUCGGACUGCGGUGCUUGAGCCAUUGUGCUCGGGCUGUCAAGAAAGACGGCAAGUUGACCCACCUCCGUUGUCGUUUACGUCCCAGCUGUACUUGGGCAGCGCUACUUCGCCAGGAAAGUGAUGGGACUGCGGAGCUAUGGGAGCAUCCUUCCAUGUGGAACAAGCACAUCGAGGGUCUGGAAUCUAAAGGCAAGCGAGGCUUUGCAAGCUUGGCAGAGCGACAAGCACUGACCGCGGCCUUAGGGUCCUCAGCAACCUCGAAGCCGCGAGCGGCGCUUCGUGCUACAAGGUUAGACAAGCAGAAGCCUGUCAAGAAGACCCAGUUGAAACAAGUCCAAAGACCGCGUAAGGCACUCUCCCGCUUGUGGUUCCGUUCUCGCACCGUUGGGCAGUUCCGAGAGCUUGUUGCCAAGGCCUCGGCUGUCCCCAAGGAUGCCAUGACAGGUUACAUCUGCCAUUCCAAGAUAGAGCGGAAUGGAAACAAGUACCGCGCCACGGUCAUUGCGACGACUCCUUUCUUGCAGCGUCGGUUCGUGAAUGCAAAGGAGUGCCCUGCUGCAAUUGACGGAGGGUUUAAGUUCAACCUGUUGGGUUGGCCUCUUCAUGUGUUCGGUUGCAUCAACCCAGCCGGCGAGUUCGGCAUCGCUUGCCUGGCUUUGACGUCUACCAUGGAACAUGGUCAUGUUUCAGACAUGCUUGAGGGCUUCCGAGAAGCCACCGCGAAGAUCACUGGAAAAUUUGCCAACAAGCUCUUUGCCAUGUCCGAUGCCGAAGUGGCCUAUCGCAGUGCAUUGGCCGACGUCUAUGGAGCCGGCAAUGUGAUGUGUUUCUUCCACUUGAAACAGGCAGUCCGCGACAACGUCUACAAGCGCAUGUCUGGCACCAAGAAGGAGAAAGACGCAGCGUGGACGUGGAUGUCCGACGACAUAGAUCUACUCCGUGCUGCGCGCAACAAGCUGGACUUCGCUUCAAGAGGAGCCGCUUUGAAAGCCGAGUGGCUGCAAAAGGGUCUUGACAAGAAAACCCGCUGGACAGACAAGCUGGGCCGCUCCUACGACCUCGUGUCCAACUUCUGCACGCAGUGGUUGGAGGCGACUCCGGAGUGGUUCGUCGGUGCAACAGGAGGAACGGGUGUUCCGGGCACGAACAAUGCCGCCGAAGCAACGAUCAAACAGACACGCAUGGAUGCUGGUCAAGUCGCCUGCUCUGUCGGCGAGUUGCUGCAUUUCAUGUUGGAUCAAGUGCAGACUGCCUCAAGAGGCGAGUGGAAUGCUACGGCCGAUCGGCCAAUCUCGGCUCGACUCUGGUUGAAAGCUGCGAAGUUCCAGACGCUGUUCGACACGGACAAAGUGCGGUGUUACCAGAAACGCUCACAGAGGCUCUUUGUCAGCUGUCCCCGAGAUGCAGAUGCAGCUGAUGAUGUAAGCAAGCGUGCGCCCCUGCCGCUGAAACGGGCAGAGUCCUUGGCGGCAGCUUUCUUGGAACAGGUGGAUGGAAACCCAACGACCAUGGAGCAGCUCCGAAGAUUCAAUGGCCCUGAUGGGCAAGAUCCGAAUGGUGACUUGUUCUGCACGUGUCCAAGUUAUCCUGCAGAGAAGCGUUGUCUGCACACAGUGGCCUUGCAACUCCAUGACGGCAGCUGCACAUUGCCAGACAACUUGGAUGACACACUAUUGCAGCUCUCUGCUCGUGGAAACAAACCAAAAGCUCCAGGAAGGGGCAGUGUUCCGUUGAAAGCGGACGAGAAGGACUUGUUGAUUGCGCAUCUGCGCAACAAGGUUCGGCAAAUGGAGCGAAACCAAGUCAGUGCAAGUGAGGUUGCUGCGGUCGUGGCGGUGGACGAAGACCCGACUCCAGCCAGGAACCAGCUGGCACCGCGGAAGCGCUUGCGCGCCAAGACGUCCCAGGCGGAAGCAUGUAGAGAGCCCCUUGAGCACUUGCCGGUGGAGGCGAAUGUUGGCGACCUGGCCAUGCCAGAGACCCGUGAAAGCUCUGUUCUCAACGUGCGCAUCAUCUACAAAUGCUCUCCCGACGGCCGCCCGGUUUUGCGGGAAACCGACCCUGUGAACCAAGUGACGAUAGUUGAUCCCAGGCACACCAUCGCUUCGCAGCUAAGCCUGCUUUUCCAAGCGUUCGGU